ACUCAGAAAAUUAUAUUUCAAGCUAUGGUAAAAAGCAACAAGACUACGCUAGCCUCAGACUGGCCCCUUUGCAACUCGGCAUACGAUCUAGAACCAGCAGCUCUCACCUUGGCACCUGAGAUUUUACCAAUAGGCCCACUCUUGGCAAGCAACAGGCUAGGGAAUUCAGCAGGCUACUUCUGGCCACAAGACUUAACUUGCUUAAAUUGGCUGGAUCAACAGCCACCCUGCUCAGUCAUCUAUGUUGCAUUUGGCAGCAUCACAGUUUUUGAUGAAACACAAUUCCAAGAAUUGGCUCUGGCUCUUGAGCUGUCCCAAAGGCCAUUCCUCUGGGUUGUGAGGCCAGACACUACUGAAAAAACAUGUAAUCUCUACCCCGAAGGAUAUCAAGAUCGAGCAGCGUCUCGCGGUUUGAUGGUGGGUUGGGCACCUCAACAAAAGGUUCUAGCUCAUCCUUCCAUUGCUUGCUUCUUAAGCCACUGUGGUUGGAACUCUACAAUAGAAGGUAUAAGCAAUGGGGUUCCUUUCCUGUGCUGGCCAUACUUUGCUGACCAGCUCUUUAAUGAGAGCUACAUUUGUGAUGUUUGGAAUGUGGGGUUGAAGUUCAACAAGAAUGAAAGUGGGAUCAUUACACAAGGAGAUAUCAUGAACAAAUUGGAGCAACUGCUUGGUGAUGUAGGUUUCAAAGCAAGAGCUUCCAAACUCAAGGAAUUGGCCAUGACCAGUGUCAGAGAAGGUGGCCAAUCCAACAAGACCUUUAAGAAUUUUAUUGAAUGGAUGAAGUCAUAGGGAAGUGGCCUACUGACUAAUAUGUUUCAAGAAUUGAUGUAAGGCCAAUGUAUCAGUUGAUACAGUGAUGCAAUAUACUAUUUGUAUCAAAUUGUUACUCGACUAGUUGGAAGAAUCAUAGAACUAUUAGAUAUUCGAUACAACGUAUUUGAAAUGACUAAAUACAAUGUAACAAAUUGAAAUUAUUAAGUACGGACCGAACCUGCAGUCUGCAGAUGACGUAUUUUAUUGGAGUUAUUCGAAAGAAGAGAAAGCAAUGUUUUUCCUCCGGCUCCAAGAGUAUGGGCAAAUGCUAGGUGAUGAAGAUGUGACAUACAUUUUGCUUGUAGGCUUGUCGAUUGUAGCCAGUCAAGGUUGCUUUUUGAAAUGAAAGAACAAGGACUCAAAUUCAGA